AUGGAAAAUGGGGCUGUGAACCAGCAAAUACCAGUAGACACAACUUCUGCAACAAUCACCAUAAAAGGCAUCCUGAGCUUGCUGUUGCAGAAUGUUGAUGAAAAUGAUAACAAAAGGCUGAUUUCAUUGGGGAUGGGCGACCCAACUGCCUAUUCUUGCUUCCACACAACCCAAGUGGCUCAAGAAGCUGUUGUUGAUGCUAUCCAAUCUGACAAGUUCAAUGGCUAUGCUCCUACUGUUGGCCUUCCUCAAACCAGAAGAGCAAUUGCUGAAUAUCUGUCCCGUGAUCUUCCAUACAAGCUAACAUCUGAUGAUGUUUUCGUCACAUCUGGUUGCACACAAGCUAUUGAUGUCGCAUUGGCAAUGCUUACGCGUCCUGGUGCCAAUAUCUUGCUUCCAAGGCCAUGCUUCCCUAUUUAUGAACUUUGUUCUGCUUUUCGACAUCUUGAAGUUCGACAUUUUGAUCUCCUGCAAGAGAACGCCUGGGAGGUUGAUCUUGAUGCUGUUGAAGCUCUUGCAGAUCACAACACGGUUGCAAUGGUAAUUAUAAACCCUGGGAAUCCUUGUGGGAAUGUAUACAGUUACCAACAUCUGGAAAAGAUUGCAGAAACUGCAAAAAAGCUUAGACUUCUAGUAAUUGCUGAUGAAGUUUAUGGGCAUCUGGCUUUUGGAGGUAAACCAUUUGUGCCAAUGGGAGUCUUUGGAUCAACUGUUCCUGUUCUUACUCUUGGGUCCCUGUCAAAGAGAUGGAUAGUUCCUGGAUGGCGACUUGGUUGGUUUGUGACAAGUGAUCCAUGUGGCAUGUUUAGAAAACCCAAGGUUGUUGAGCGCAUUAAGAAAUAUUUUGAUAUUUUGGGAGGACCUGCAACCUUCAUUCAGGCAGCAGUUCCGCGCAUCAUCGAGCAAACUGAAGAGGUUUUCUUUAAGAAAACUAUCUAUUUACUGAAGCAGUCCUCAGAUAUUUGUUGCGAUCGGAUAAAUGAGAUUCCUUGUAUUACCUGUCCAAACAAACCAGAAGGAUCUAUGGCUGUAAUGGUGAAACUAGACCUUUCGCUACUGGAGGAUAUUACCAAUGAUAUUGAGUUUUGUUUCAAGCUGGCUAAAGAGGAAUCUGUGAUCUUUCUUCCAGGGACAGCAGUAGGGUUGAAAAAUUGGCUACGUGUUACAUUUGCUGCCGAUCCAAACUCUAUUGAAGAAGCUUUAAGGAGGACAAAAUGUUUCUAUCAAAGGCAUGCCAGAAAAUUAUAG